ACAAUACAAAUUUCACAUUAAAAUUUCUCCACAAAAGAUUGAGGAAAUUCACCUAUCAUUCCUAAGUUUUAUGCAAUAUUGUUCAACACAAUAUCAGCUGAUGCCAGAUGGUAAUCUUAACUAAACAUUAGUAAUUGUACACACGCAUAUAAAAAAUAUCCUAACCUAUUGGUGAGAGUAAUUAACAAAUACCAUGAUUUUAAAGUAUUUCCAUUUUAUACAGCUUAGUUGUGAUAUUGGGUAUUUAUGUAAUUUAUUUGACUAAUGGAUUACUUGCAGUGUGUCAUGUGAUCCAAUCGGUACAAUCUUCACUGCUGUAUUUCCACACCAGUUGGAAUAAUUGUAUCAAAAUUCUCGAGCAAUUUUAACUCUAACUCAUAGAGGAUAUAUGGAAGUGUAUGUAUAUGUAAUGUCAAGUCCAUAAUCAUUGCACAUGAAUGUAUGAUAUACUUCUUAACUGGUAUGAUCCACAGGCUAUUCGACAUACAAUGUUAAUAAAACAAUUGCUCAAAGCGAUAUGCAAUUCCCUAAUUCAAAAUAUGUUGAUCUUUUCAUUUAUAGUGUUAUGUUUAUCACUAUUAGGACAAUUAUUACAAGAAAAUCGGGAACAUAAUAGCAUCAUGGCUGCAAAACAUUUGGCUCUAAAAUCUGGUGCAAAAAUGCCUGUUAUCGGACUUGGCACAUGGGGGGCACCAGCUAAAGUUGUUGCAACUGCUGUUGAGAAUGCCAUCGAUGCAGGAUACCGACAUAUUGAUUGUGCUCACGAUUAUGAAAAUGAGUCUGAAGUUGGUGAUGGAAUAAAAGCAAAACUUGAUGGAGGUGUAAUAAAACGGGAAGAGCUUUUUGUUACCAGUAAACUAUGGCUUACUAGUUUUGCACCCAACAAAGUGAAGCCUGCGAUUGAGAACAGUUUGAAAAAGUUGAAACUGGAAUAUUUAGACUUGUAUUUGCUACACUUCCCAUUUGCUUUAAAAGAAAACCAGGUCGAGGUGAAAGAUGGGAAUUAUGAUGUCAACAAUGAUGAAAGUAUUGAUUAUGUUGACACAUGGAAAGAACUUAUCAAGCUACAGAAAUCUGGCUUGACUAGAUCAAUCGGAGUUUCAAAUUUUAAUCGUUUUCAACUGGAACGUUUGUCAAAAGAAACGUCUUAUGUGCCAGAUGUCCAUCAGUUUGAAUGUCAUCCAUAUCUUGACCAAACUGAUAUGGUGGAAUUCUGUCAAUCAAAGGGUAUUGUUGUUACUGGUUACAGUCCGUUGGGUUCCCCAGGAAAUCGUGAUAUCUCCGAUCCUACUCUUUUUGAAGAACCUAUUUUAAUAGAUAUUGCAAAGAAGUAUAUGAAGACAGUGGCUCAAGUUUUACUUCGUUACCAAAUUCAGCGGAAUGUGAUAGUGAUUCCAAAGAGUGUUACUCCGGCGAGAAUAACUUCUAACAUAGACCUGUUCAAUUUUGUUAUUGAUGAAGGGGACAUGACCAAAAUCAAAAAUUUAAACAGGAAUUGGCGAACUUGUGACGUAGAUGGUUGGGCAUCCAAAUCACACAAGUAUUAUCCUUUUCGGAAAGAUUAUACAGAGUAACUCUUAUGCGGUUCUUGACAACUUCCAUGAGCUCUGGAAAUCUUGGUCAGAUCUAUAAAUUCAAUAUAACAUAACCCUAAACUGUGCAAUGUAUUUAUCAUACAGUAGUGCUCAGUUUAGGCAAACGAAGCACAAUAAUAAUCAUAUGUUGAUUCCUUCAUAUGUUAUUCAGAAAUGUUGACCAAAUUUGUAUGUAACCAUCUACUUUGUAUCCCUGCUGAG